GGCAGGCCCCGCGCCGCGGCAGCCUCUGCCCGCCGCCCGCUGCCCGCCUGGCCGGCGAGGGAGGGAGCGGCUGCAGCCGGCGGAGCGGAGGGACGGGGCCGAGCGGCUCCCCCCGCUCGCAGGCCCCGGGCGCCGGGGAGGCGGCGGCGGGGGCGGCGCGGGGACAUGGUGGCGGGAUGGCCCGCAUCGCCGCCGCCUUCCCGCUGCACCUGCUGGUCUGGCACAACCGGCACCAGGCGCUGGACAGCGCGCUGCGCACCGGGCAGCAUGACAUCGAGCUGAUUGACCCACGGGGCCGGACCCCCCUGGAGCUGGCCGUCUCGCUGGGCAACCUGGAGUCGGUCCGGGUGCUGCUGCGGCACAAUGCCAACGUGGGCCGCGAGAACGCGGACGGCUGGACAGUCCUGCAGGAGGCUGUCAGCACUGGGGACCCUGAGAUGGUGCAGCUGGUGCUCCAGUACCGUGACUACCAGCGUGCCACCAAGCGCCUGGCUGGCAUCCCCGAGCUGCUCAGCAAACUGCGCCGGGCCCCAGAUUUCUAUGUGGAAAUGAAGUGGGAGUUCACCAGCUGGGUGCCCCUGGUGUCCAAGAUAUGCCCAAGCGAUGUGUACCGGGUAUGGAAGCGGGGCGAGAGCUUGCGGGUUGACACCACCCUGCUGGGCUUUGAGCACAUGACCUGGCAGCGAGGGCGACGUAGCUACAUCUUCAAAGGCGAAGAUGAGGGUGCUGUAGUGAUGGAGGUGGACCAUGACAAGCAGGUGGUGUACACGGAGGCACUGUCACUGGCCCGGCAUGAGCCGGAGCUGAUGCUGGCUGCCAUGCAGCCCACAGAGGAGCACGUGGCCGGCCGGCUUACCUCGCCCAUCGUUGCCACACACCUUGACACCAAGAAUAUUGCUUUUGAGCGGAAUAAGUCUGGCAUCUGGGGAUGGCGCUCGGAGAAGAUGGAAGUGAUCAGUGGCUAUGAAGCAAAGCAGGUUUACAGUGCCAGCAAUGUAGAGCUCAUCACUAAGACGAGAACUGAGCACCUGUCUGACCAGGACAAGUCCCGCAACAAAGGCUCCAAGACGCCCUUCCAGUCCUUCCUUGGGAUUGCCCAGCAGCAUGCUGCCCACAAUGGGGCCCCUGUGCUGCAGUCUGCCACUCCCACGAACCCCACAGCCAUCACCCCCGAGGAGUAUUUUGACCCCAACUUCAACCUGGAGGCCCGCAACAUUGGCCGACCCAUUGAGAUGUCCAGCAAGGUGCAGAGGUUCAAGGCCACGCUGUGGCUGUGUGAGGACCACCCCCUGUCGCUGGUGGAGCAGGUGACGCCCAUCAUCGACCUCAUGGCCAUCAGCAACGCUCACUUCGCCAAGCUGCGCGACUUCAUCACUCUUAAGCUGCCACCUGGUUUCCCAGUCAAAAUUGAGAUUCCCCUCUUCCAUGUCCUCAAUGCCCGGAUCACCUUCAGCAACCUGUGUGGCUGUGACGAGCCCCUAAGCUCAGUGCGGAUCUGCUCCUCCUCACCCAGCCACUCCCCAGUGGAGCCCAAGGAGCUGGGUAUGGGCGCAGAGGCUCCUGCAAACCCCAGAGUGUUCCCAUUCCCCUGCGAGGUGGACCCAUCAGUGUUCGAGGUGCCCCAGGGCUACACCGUCCUGGGUGCUGGUCGCAAUGAGCCCAUGCGUGAUGAGGAUGAUGACCUGCUGCAGUUUGCUAUCCAGCAAAGCUUGCUUGAUGCUGGCACUGAGACUGACCAGGUCACCAUCUGGGAGGCGCUGACCAACACACGCCCAGGUUCCAACCCACCUUCCUACGAAGAGGAGCUGCAGCUGGAGCGCGCCAUCCAGGAGAGUAUGUUCCUACAGUCAGGGCAGGGCUUGGGCGAGUCCGGCAGCGAGGGCAACAGCAGUGUGCUCCCCGCUGAGGGCAGCCCUGCGCCCAGCACCAAUGGCUCGUCCUCGUCGAGGCCCCCAGCCUACCCCAGCUUCGACGAGCAGCUGCGCCUGGCCAUGGAGCUGUCGUCCCGGGAGCAAGAAGAGCAGGAGCGCCGGGAACGUGAGGAGGAUGAGGAGCUGCAGCGCAUCCUUCAGCUCUCGCUGACGGAGAAGUAGCAUCCAGGCCAGGCCCGGCCACAGGGCCCCCAAUCUGAGCCUCCCCAGCGUGUGCUGUUGUGAUUUUAACCUCAAGUGGGGGUCCCCACCUCCUGCCCUGUGCGGGUGGCCAGACUGGACACGGCAUUUCAGACCCCUCUGCCUUCCCCAGGAUUCUCUUGGCCCUGACCCCUCCUGGGUCUUAUUUAAUAUAACUCCUGUACAUUU